UCCUUCAUAGAGAGGGACACUGUGCAUAUAUGUACAGUAGACAUACACUCCAUGUUUACAAUGUUCUACUUAGGUUUAGUUGUGAGUGUGAUAGCUGUGCUCGGUUUAGGAGAUGGAAGUUUGCUGAAUGCCUUUUAUCCAGGAGACAUCGUCAUUGGAGGACUUUUCCCUAUUCACCUCCAAACCAACAGAAGCACAAUACCAGGACCUGUCUCCUGCAGCCAGUAUAACUUCCAAAUGCUUUUACAAUCGCAAAUGAUGAUAUAUGCAAUCAGAGAAAUUAACCAUCGUACGCCAAGGCUUCUCCCUAACAUCACGUUGGGAUAUCACAUCUACGACACAUGCGGGGAUGUCACCUUUGCCAUCAGGGCCACUCUUCAGCUCGUCAAGGACCAGUUGGAUAGUCGAAAGUGUUUUUUUCCGGAAAAUACUCAGUUUGCUCCACCCAAUUUGAUGGCAGUGAUUGGUGAGAGGUUCUCUGAGGUCUCAAUCGCAGUUUCACGAGUUAUGGCUCUAUCUUCAGUGGCUCAGAUUAGCUACGCAUCAACGAGUGAGCUACUCAGCAGGAAGUUGAAGUUCCCCACUUUUCUGAGAACAAUAUCUAGUGAUGAAUAUCAGACAAAGGCCAUUACCGAGCUGGUGAGGGAGUUCAACUGGAAAUCUGUGGCCAUCAUAGGAAGUGACGACGAGUACGGAAAGUAUGGCAGUGAUCGACUCGCACAACUCUUCAGAGAGAUGGAGGACGUCUGCAUUGAAUUCAUUGACAUCCUGCCUGGUUACUUUUCCCAGAAUAAUUCCCAAACCCAUAAGAAGAUGUCAGUGCUUGUGGACAACAUCAAUAAAUCCACUGCUGAGGCAGUAAUCGUUUUUACCAAGGAGUCAAAUGUUGAUAUCGUCAUAGAAGCUGCAGUUAAACACAAGCUGAACAGAACGUGGAUAGCAAGUGACUCUUGGUCCAGCUCCACAAAGCUGGCUACUUUGCCAGACAUUGACAUGGCAGGACUGGUGUUCGGAUUCAACUCUCAGAGGAAUUCAGUUGCCGGAUUUAAAGAUUACGUUAUGUCUAUAUUCAACGGAACGACAAAUGCCCUCCUGGAUCAUCACUUGACUCAUUACCCACUUUGUUCCAACGGGUCACACCUGGACGCCAAAUGCACACACAGCAAACAGGAGUCAGGACAAUGUGUGGACCUAAGAUGCUUGACCAAUCACAUCGACCAGGACGAAAAGUACAACAUCUACUUAGCUGUGCAAGUCAUUGCCGAGGGGCUACGACGCCUGCUGAAAUGUGACAGCCAGCAAUGUGAACGCGUCGAUGACUUCACUCCCUUGGAGCUUCUCAUGGAAAUUAAGAAGGUCAACUUUACUGUGGACACCACCCAUAUAUUUUUUGAUGCUAAUGGGGAUCCCAGUUUAGGAUAUGACAUUCUAUACUGGGACAUGUCAGGCAAGACAUGGUUAAAUGUCAUUCAAGUCAUUGGCAAGUACUGGCCAAACGGAACUAUCCGAGUCCCGCGUGACUUGGUACUAAAGAUGCACAAUGUGAAGGUAACUGCUUACAACUGUUCCAAAACUUGCCCACCUGGACAAGAGUUGAAGAAGCAGGAUGUAAAGUUGAAAUGCUGCCAUGAUUGUGUUCCGUGUGCAGAGGGAGAAUUUUCCACUGGACAAGGUGGGGAGUGUAAACGCUGCGGGACAAAUGAGUAUUCGUCUCCCACGAGGGACGAAUGUUUAAAAAAAACAUUUGAGUUCCUGGACUGGUCGAAUGUGUUCAUAAUCAUUUUAAGUACUUUGGACGGCUUAGGAAUUAUUUUAACGAUUAUGUUUGCAGUUUUGUUUGCCAUCCAUCAUAACACACCCAUCGUGAAGGCAGUGGGAGGAUAUUUGUGUUUUUUGGAGCUUUUUUCUCUGCUGACAUGCUUUUGCCUCACAUUUAGUUUUCCAGGGAAGCCCACUGUUGCCUCCUGCAUGAUCGGAAUGCCUCUCUUCGGAAUAGCCUUUUCUCUGUGCAUCUCUUGUAUUCUGGCAAACCUGUUGCAAAUCUUAGUGGGUUUUAUGUUUGACUUGAAGACAAAGUCGUGGUUGAAAAAGCUCAACCACCCGGUGGCUGUGGUCGCAGUGGUAACUGGAAUACAGUUGGCUUUGUGUGUGCCAUGGCUGUGCCUUUACCCUCCAUUACCAAGUCAGACCAGUUUAGCUAAGAGCAUCCUGCUGCAAUGCCAUAAAGGCUCCACCAAUUUUUUCAUCUCCAUGUUAAGCUACAACGCUCUUUUGGCCCUUAUUUGUUUCCUGUUUGCAUUCAAAGGGAAGCGGUUGCCAGAUUUGUACAAGAAUGCAAGUUUAGUCGCCAUUAGUAUGCUGCUGUAUUUAAUCAUCUGGAUCCUUUUUAUCCCCAUAUACAUCUACUUGUUCGGUGUAUACAAACAAGCCAUUGAGAGCGCUGCCAUUCUCGUCUCUAGCUACAGCAUUCUUUGCUGUCACCUGGCUCCCAAGUGUUACAUAAUGGUGUUAAGGAAGGAGAUUAAUGACAAGAAAGCCAUCACUGAGUAUAUUCGGAAGCAUUAUGAGGAGAAAGGGAUGUCUGUUGUUAAAUAACAUUGAGAUACUUUUAACCCUAAAAGGAACAAUCGGUAGAAAAUGGAUGGAUGGGUGGAUGGAAUUUCUGCUGCAUCUAUCCUGGUCAACCGAAUUGCUGUUAUCAUUUUAUCAGUGGCCGUGCGUUUCACACCUAGGCCUUCAGUGAUAUCCCACUUCAGUGAUGAAGUCUCAAAAUACCACUAUUUAUGUCACCACAUGACCAUUGCUGGAGAAAUACUAUACAGGAACACAUUUACUUACUACUGGGCAUUGAACAAAACGGGUUAUUUUCUGGCGCAUUUAAAAAAAACUUAAAAAAAACGCAACAGCAAUUAAAACAUAUCAUAUGCGGUACUGUCAAAACUAAAAUUGCAAAAAACAUUUUAAACAUGAAAAAAUAUAGAAAAAAAAUAUCUGAACUCACAUUUCAUCAACAGCUGAGCUAGUUUCUGGGGUUGGUUGACAUCGUCUCACCAGAUGUAGUUUCUCUUUACAUAUCCUUCUUGAAAAUGGUCUUGCAAAUACAGUGGGGCAAACAAGUAUUUAGUCAGCCACCGAUUGUGCAAGUUCUCCCACUUAAAAUGAUGACAGAGGUCUGUAAUUUUCAUCAUAGGUACACUUCAACUGUGAGAGACAGAAUGUGAAAAAAAAAUCCAGGAAUUCACGUUGUAGGAAUUUUAAAGAAUUUAUUUGUAAAUUAUGGUGGAAAAUAAGUAUUUAGUCAACCAUUCAAACCUCUCACUGAUGGAAGGUUUUGGCUCAAAAUCUCGCGAUACAUGGCCCCAUUCAUUCUUUCCUUCACACGGAUCAAUCGUCCUGUCCCCCUAGCAGAAAAACAGCCCCAAAGCAUGAUUUUUCCACCCCCAUGCUUCACAGUAGGUAUGGUGUUCUUGGGAUGCAACUCAGUAUUCUUCCUCCAAACACGACAAGUUGAGUUUAUACCAAAAAGUUCUAUUUUGGUUUCAUCUGACCACAUGACAUUCUCCCAAUCCUCUGCUGUAUCAUCCAUGUAUCCAUUUUGGUAUAAACUCAACUCGUCAUGUUUGGAGGAAGAAGAAUACUGAGUUGCAUCCCAAGAACAGCGUUUUUAAGCUUUAUUAAAAUAUUUGAUUCAUAAUCAAGAAUUCCUUCUUUGCAGACAUUCAAAUAUUGCAGUCGGUCUGGAAUUAGUGAUAAACGAGGGACCACUGCUCUGUACAUUGUAAAAACUGUCAAAAUAUUACGUUGCAAUUUAUUUCCUGUGUAAAUGCAAGCACUUAAAAUGUUUAACUGUAAGGGACAGGCAGCCCAUUUGGCACAGUAGAACUAAUACAGUACUGUCUACACACAUUAGAUCAGGGGUCACCAACCUUUUUGAAACCAAGAGCUACUUCUUGGGUACUGAUUAAUGCGAAGGGCUACCAGUUUGAUACACAAAUAAAUUGCCAGAUAUAGCCAAUUUGCUCAAUUUACCUUUAAUAAAUAAAUCUAUAUAUUUAUAAAAAAAUAGGUAUCUCUGUCUGUCAUUCCGUCUAACAUUUUUUUUCCUUUUACAGAAGAUUUUUUGUAGGGAAUAAAUGAUAAAAACACUUAAUUGAACGGUUUAAAAGAGGAAUAAACAUAAAAAAUGGAAUUCAAAUUUUGAAACACUUUAUCUUCAAUUUUGAGUCUUUAAAAUUCAAAAUUCAACCGCUAUUUCGAAUCUCUUUGAAAAAAUUCAAAAAAGAAUUUAUGGAACAUCAUUAGUAAUGUUUCCUGAUUAAGAUUAAUUUGAAAAUUUUGAUGACAUGUAUUAAAUAGGUUAAAAUCCAAUAUUCACUUUGUUAUGAUAAAUAACAAAUUGGACCAAGCUAUAUUUCUAACA